AUGUUGCAUCCAUGCCUUGCUUGUCCAAAGACCUUCAUCAACCAUCAGGACUACCACAACCACUCGAAAACUCAUCAAACUCCAUUCAAAUGCCCCGAAUGCUCCAAAACAUUCUCGUAUCGUGCGACUCUGAAAAAGCACUUGCUUAUUCAUACAAACGAGAAAAACUUUGUUUGUAAGGUCUGCUACAAGGCGAUGAACCGAAAGGAGAAUAUGAAGAGGCACUACGAAACAGUUCACAAACUGAAGGAAAGAGAGUUCGAAUUGGAAAACACCGCAGAUCUCCAAAAGUUUUUCCGUGAGCAAUUGAAAAGAGCCAUGGGAAACUUGGCUCCCGUUGCUCCCACUGUGAAGCCAUCUCCAACCACCGUAGCUCGUCAAACUGCUAAAUCAAAUGGGUUCGAGAACAAGGGAUAUCACACUUUUGUUCCAUUUUUUGCACCUUCAAAGUGUAGUUUGAUGAUAGAUCCUAUUUUGUUUAAAUGGUGUCAUACGUUUGCGAUGAGUCUUUUGACCAUUUCAAUGUUACUCCCGAUAGGGUUCUCAAUUGAACGAUUUAUCGCUUUGUUGAUGGCAGAGAAGUAUGAAAAUAUUGCGUUGGACUUGACCAUUGUUAAAUUCGUUUAUCAAAAUGAAAAGUUCUCUGAUACCUUCUUGUCAUUUGUUUUGACUCCAACAGCCUCUGCAUCACAAGUCAACAUCUAUUUUUCUUCUCUGCUCGCUGUAAAACUUUUCAAUUUAGUCUGUAAUUGUAUUCUUAUCAAAAUACAUAUGAGGAUCAAAAAAAGAUACUACCGACGCACGCAUUCUCUAUCACUUCGUUAUGAAUUGGAAGAAAUAGUACAAUCUUCAAAAUUCACACUAAUUAUCAGUUUUUUUCAUUUAGUAUUUUUUGGAUGGUAUCUAACUGUAACAAUUACUGUCAGAUUUCUUGGCGAAUCUUUUCUUGGUGGAUUCUUAAAUUAUACAGUGUUUAGAGGAAUGUACUGUACCGUACCGACAUACAGUUUGGUUAUAGUCUUGGUCGGAUUCAAAUCAUUGCGUCAUUUGAAUAUUCAAAGGCACAACAAAGUGCAGUCGACAGUUCAAAUCAAAUCAACAGGGAGAGAAGGAGCAACGAACUAUGACAAUGCAAUUUCUAAUUAUUGGGAUUCUGUUUCUCAUGGAUUAGAUAGAAUGAAUCGUUGA